AACACUUUUAUGGAGGGGGCGGGUAGCUUUUAUCCAGGAAGGAGAAAAUGGAUGAAUGGAAAAUGGAAAGAUGGUCGGGAAAGUGACUCCACGAUAGUUAAGAUGUGACGAAGUUAAACUUAUCGACAACUUUUAGAGUCAAUGCUUGUUUCGCAAGGAACCCAUCUGUUACUCGAAGCAAGCCGUCAAUCGUCUUCUGAGCACGUCCCCUUGCAAGUGCCGUGUACCCACCGCCUCUACUUCAGUGAAUACGGUAAACCCAGAGUAAAACGGAGCCUGUCAGCUGAUUGCUUUCCAAAAAAGCUGAAAGAUGGCGGCAGAAAUCCACUCCAGGAUGCAAACCAGCCGCCCGGUCCUUCUCAACAAAAUCGAAGGGCACCAGGACACGGUGAACGCGGCGGUGCUUAUCCCCAAGGAAGAUGGGGUGAUCACAGUCAGCGAGGACAGAACAAUACGUGUAUGGUUGAAACGAGACAGUGGUCAGUAUUGGCCAACCAUCUUUCACACAGUAUCAGCACCCUGCUCUGCCAUUUCCUACAAUCAUGACAGUAAACGCAUUUUUAUGGGGCAGGAUAAUGGAGCGAUUGUGGAGUUCAUCAUGGCUGAAGAUUUCAACAAGAUGACUUAUGUAAAGACUUAUCCAGCACAUCAGAAUCGUGUUUCAGCAAUCGUAUUUUCUCCAGAAACUGAAUGGGUUAUAAGCACAGGACAUGACAAGUACCUCAGCUGGAUGUGUACCAGGAGUGGAUGUCUACAGGGAAGGCAUUGCUUCACUGCCUGGGCUUCCUGCUUACAAUAUGAUAUGGAGACGUGUCAUGCAUUUGUUGGUGAUUACUCUGGGCAGAUCACAUUAUUAAAGCUUGAACAGAAUUCUUGCAGCAUCAUUUCAACAUUGAAAGGACAUGAAGGUAAUGUGUACAUUCUUGAUGCACCUGUUUGACAAUACUUGACUAUC